CAGCAGCAGCAGGCUGUCUCCUCGUCCUGCAUUUCCUCUGUUUCUAUCAAAGUCGGAGACAGAAACUGGAAAGAAAAAAAGGGAAUAAAGCAGGAAUGGGAUAUAAAUCUCGUUAAUGCUUGAAGGUGGAGGUGGACGAAUUGAUGCAAGAUCCAGUAACAAGAUAAUUUGACUUGACUCCGCUUCUUCUUGUCUUCGAUACCAGUUGGGAGUGGCUCUGCAGCUCAAGAACCCGUGAGAUCGAUCUGCUCCAUCCCCUGAGAACAUGUUUAAGAUUAGCUUAUCAUCUUUCGUAUGCCCUUAAUGGCGGAUGCAGCUACAAAUGUGCCUAGAUUCUACUGCUCUUCUUCGUUCUUUUGAGGCGCUUGUCAUCGAUGGAAUGGAAAGGGAGUGCUAAAACAGUCAUGACGUUCAAGAUGGUUCUUUUAUUCUUCCUUUCGUUUUGCAUCCUAUUGGUUUUAGAUCUCGCAGCAGGAAACUGCAGCAGCGUUUCUGCUUGUUCAGUGACCACAAUCUGGAGUGGAAAUUCCAACUACAAGGCGUGGCGACGGAACGAAGCGGAGACGGAGGAGGCGGGCGGAGGUGGGAGUAGGGGUAGUCUGUUCGUAGGAUCCGGAUCGCGGCCGCCAAAGUGCACGUCCAGGUGCGGCACGUGCACGCCCUGCUCACCGGUGCACGUCUCGGUGCCGCCGAGGCAGCAACAGAAGCAGAAGAAGGCGGACGCCGCCGAGUACUACCCGGAGGCCUGGCGGUGCCGGUGCGGCGGCCGCCUCUAUGUGCCAUAACUGACGCUGCAUCCUCCUACAGUCCUAUUCUUCGUCGCGUGGAUAGGGAGUGUACGAGACUGACUCGGGGAGCCAGAAAUUAUAAUAUAUCCGGAAUAAAAUUGCUCAACAAUAAAAAAAAAAUAAUACAUAUGCAUUAGACAUAAUAAAUAAGCAUUAGAAAUUAACUUCAAAAUUUAAAAUUUUCAUCCUUAAUGCAUUCUAACGUAUAAAGAAAGAGUUGGAUGUGAAGAAAAAAAAAAAAGAGUAAAAGAAGGAUUAGGGAUAUUAAUUAUGAUUUUAAUUUUUUUAGGUUUCCCUCUAAAUCCAACGUAUAAAAAAAUGUCAUCCAAGACAUUUGUAGAAAAUAAAUUGGCGGACAAAAGAAUCGGCGGACAAAAUAAGAAAGACUUAAGAAGAGAAAGUUAGGAUUUAUGAAUCAAAUUGGGCAUGGGCUCUUAGGCUAAAAUUGGACAUUGACUCUUGGACUAAAAACAUCGAUCAGUGGAAUAAGAGAAAAUUAAGAAUUAAAUUUUAUAUAUGUACU